UUUUUCAAAUAGAAAAAAAUAAAAAAAAUUCUAAGAAACCGGUUCACGGUUUCAGAGUUAAUGAUGGUCUUAGUUUGAAGGACAGUAUGAGAAUGGACUAUAUUAUAACAUACCCUGGACUUAUAUUUGGACUGAAGGAGAAUAGACUAUAGUUUAGAAUGAAGACAGUAUAUUUGCGUACCAUAUGCCCAUUCAUCAGGCCCAAAUAAUAAUUAUACGGGAAUCUGUAUAUUAGGGUUUGCGUAGCUUCUUUUAAUUUUCUCUCACUGUGCCGUCUGAAGAGAACAUAGAUCAGACGGAAAUGGAGAAAGGCAAGGGAAGAAAGGAGGAGAUUGUUACCAGGGAGUACACUAUCAACCUCUACAGGCGCCUGCAUAGUUGCACCUUCAAGAAGAAGGCACCCAAUGCCAUCAAAGAGAUUAGGAAGUUUGCGUUGAAAGCAAUGGGAACAAAGGACGUUAGAGUGGAUGUUAAGCUGAACAAGCAGAUAUGGAGCAGAGGAAUCCGUGGUCCUCCUAGGAGAGUCAGAGUUCAUGUUGCACGUAAGAGAAAUGAUGAUGAAGACGCCAAGGAGGAGUUUUACUCUCUUGUCACUGUCGCUGAGAUUCCUGCUGAAGGAUUGUCUGGUCUGGGCACCAAGGUCAUCGAUGAAGACGAGUGAAAAAAAUGGUAGUUUUAUUUACUCAUAAACCCUCUUAUCAUUGCAACAUUUAAUUUUUGUUUGUUAAAUCGUUAGAUGAAAGACAUAAGACUUUGCUUGUUUUUGAUCACUUACCUAUUUUGGUAAUUUAUAUCUUAUAUUAUAAGUUCCAGGGA